AUGAAGGAUGGAGGAAACACUUGGGCUCCGCGUUCCAUUCCCUCUACCGAAGACGAAGAUUUCAACUAUCACUUCAAUUCUAUCAGUUUCAAAGGGAAGGAAGGGUGGAUAGUUGGAAAACUUGCGAUUCUGUUGUACACCACUGAUACUGGAGAAAGCUGGGAGAGGAUACCGCUCAGUGCUGAACUUCCAGGGGAUAUGGUGUACAUAAAGGUGACCGGUGAGAAGAGUGCAGAGAUGGUGACUAACGAAGGUGCAAUAUAUAUUACUACUAACAGAGGUUACAACUGGAGGGUUGCUGUUCAGGAAACUGUGUCAGCUACUCUAAACAGAACAAUUUCUAGUGGUAUUAGUGGUGCAAGCUAUUACACUAGGACUUUCAAUACUGUCAAUCGCUCUCCAGAUGGAAGGUAUGUUGCAGUCUCAAGUCGGGGCAACUUCUACUUAACCUGGGAGCCUGGUCAGCCAUUCUGGCAGCCACAUAAUAGAGCAGUUGCCAGAAGAAUGCAGAACAUGGGAUGGAGAGCGGACGGUGGUCUGUGGCUUCUUAUUCGUGGAGGUGGUCUUUAUCUCAGCAAGGGCAUAGGGGUUGCUUCGAUUGCAAUUUUGUAG